AUGACGGCCCUCAAGAGGAGAGCACCCUUUAAUCCUCAUCAUUCCCGGAAAGUGGUCUUCUGGGCCUUAGCCAAGUCACCCUCCAGAAGAAGGUUCCCAUUCCCCAUAAAUGCUGACACAUUUUUCUAUUUUUCAGAGAGCUGGAUUGAAAGAUGUCUCAAUGAAAGUGAAAACAAACGCUAUUCCAGCCACACUUCUCUGGGGAAUGUUUCUAAUGAUGAAAAUGAGGAAAAAGAAAAUAACCGAGCAUCCAAACCCCAUUCAACACCUGCCACCCUUCAGUGGCUGGAGGAGAAUUAUGAGAUUGCAGAAGGUGUCUGCAUUCCAAGGAGUGCACUCUACAUGCAUUAUUUGGAUUUCUGUGAAAAUGACACACAACCUGUUAAUGCUGCCAGCUUCGGAAAGAUCAUAAGACAGCAGUUCCCACAGCUAACCACCAGGAGACUUGGAACUCGGGGCCAGUCAAAGUACCAUUACUACGGCAUCGCUGUGAAAGAAAGCUCUCAGUAUUACGACGUGAUGUAUUCCAAAAAAGGCGCUGCUUGGGUCAGUGAGUCUGGGAAGAAAGAAGUGAGCAAGCAGACAGUGGCAUACUCCCCCCGGUCCAAGCUGGGCACCUUACUGCCCGAGUUCCCCAACGUGAAAGACCUGAACCUGCCGGCCAGUCUGCCAGAGGAGAAGGUUUCCACCUUUAUUAUGAUGUACAGAACCCACUGUCAGAGGAUAUUGGACACAGUAAUAAGAGCCAACUUUGAUGAGGUUCAAAGUUUUCUUCUGCACUUUUGGCAAGGAAUGCCGCCCCACAUGCUGCCCGUGCUCGGCUCCUCCACGGUGGUCAACAUCGUGGGAGUUUGUGACUCGAUACUGUAUAAAGCGAUUUCUGGAGUGCUGAUGCCCACCGUUUUGCAGGCGCUACCGGACAGCUUGACUCAGGUCAUCCGAAAGUUUGCCAAACAGCUCGAUGAGUGGCUUAAAGUCGCCCUUCAUGACCUUCCAGAGAAUCUGCGAAAUAUCAAGUUUGAAUUGUCAAGAAGGUUUUCCCAAAUUCUGAGACGGCAAACAUCGCUAAACCAUCUUUGCCAGGCAUCAAGAACUGUGAUCCACAGUGCAGACAUUACUUUCCAAAUGCUAGAGGAUUGGAGAAAUGUGGACCUGAGCAGCAUCACCAAGCAGACCCUGUAUACGAUGGAGGAUUCUCGGGAGGCACAUAGGAAGCUCAUCAUACAGUUGUAUCAAGAAUUUGACCAUCUCCUAGAGGAGCAGUCGCCCAUUGAAUCGUACAUUGAGUGGUUGGACACCAUGGUGGACCGGUGCGUUGUAAAGGUAGCUGCCAAGAGACCAGGUUCCUUGAAAAAAGUCGCCCAGCAGUUCCUUCUGAUGUGGUCCUGCUUCGGCACCCGAGUGAUCCGAGACAUGACUUUGCAUAGUGCCCCCAGCUUCGGGUCUUUUCACCUCAUUCACCUGAUGUUUGAUGACUAUGUGCUGUACUUGCUGGAGUCGCUCCACUGUCAGGAGAGAGCCAAUGAGCUCAUGAGGGCCAUGAAGGGGGAAGGAAGCACUGCAGAGGCCAGAGAAGAGAUCCUGUUGGCAGAGCCCACCCCACCGACUCCAUCCCCCGUGCCCUCCUUCUCGCCAGCCAAGUCCACCACAUCAGUAGAGGUGCCUCCUCCCUCCUCACCUGUCAGCAACCCAUCCCCGGAAUACACUGGACUCACCACAACAGGAGCAAUGCAGUCCUACACCUGGUCCCUUACCUACACGGUGACAACAGCCGCCGGUUCACCUGCUGAAAGCUCCCAACAGCUGCCCUGUAUGAGAAACACUCACGUGCCUUCUUCCUCUGUCACCCAUCGGAUACCAGUUUAUCCCCACAGAGAGGAACAUGGCUACACAGGGAGUUACAAUUAUGGAACCUAUAGCAACCAGCAUCCCCACCCAAUGCAGAGUCAGUACCCAUCCCUACCACAUGACACGGCCAUCUCCGGGCCUCUCCAUUAUUCUCCAUACCACAGGGGCUCCUCACAGUACCCUUUCAACAGCCCCACCUCCCGGAUGGAGCCUUGUUUGAUGAGCAGUGCUCCCAGACUACACCCCACGCCAGUCACUCCUCGAUGGCCAGAAGUACCCUCUGCCAACACAUGCUACCCAAGCCCGCCAGUGCAUUCCACAAGAUACGGAAGCUCUAGUGACAUGUACACCCCCCUGACCACCCGCAGGAAUUCCGAGUACGAGCACAUGCAACACUUUCCUGGUUUUGCCUAUAUCAACGGAGAAGCUUCAACAGGCUGGGCAAAAUGAAAAUGACUGGUAUAGUAUGAACCCAUAUUUAAUAUUAAUAAUAAUAAUUAAUAAUAAUAAUUAAAACUCCAACAACCAACACCAGAAGACUUGAUCUCUUCACCUUUUAGAACUCAUGGGACUAUACCUAGAUGUCUGCUUUCCUAAUAAACCUGAAGCUGGGUUAGAACUGUUGAUGAGUAAAUCUUAGUUCAGAAACAGGACUCACUAAACUCCAGCAUGGCAGGAGGAGGCUCCUGUAGGGCAGCCAGCUUGGACUAUUUCUAUAGAGCACUGUCUUCAGGAAGCGAAUCCCUGCCUUCUCCCUCUGUCCCAAGACUGUGUCUUGUGUGGUACCUAGCCCAAUAAAGCCACUCCCUUCCAUGUGGACAACAAACACUCUUUAGUCUUGAGAGAUGGAUGCUGGAGACGGAAUGGAGUCUUCUUUUAUUUGGCGGAUGCUCAGUUCACUGAGAAGAGAAGCCUCUAUAUUCAUCUUUCAUUUUACUUAUCCAGUGAGCACUUGAGAGACAGGUGUUCUGCAGAGUCCCGUGAUGUCCUCCCUUCUGCUGCACCUGGAUGGAACUGCAUGAUUUGGAACCUUCAUAUUCUCCUAAACACCAUUAUUUGUAAUAGCACCUGCAUUAUCUUUCAUUGUAAGCAUUGUCUUAUUUGUGGGGGAAUGGGAUGGGGAGGGGAGGGUUUGCACACGGCAGAAAGAGAAGAUGGAGAGAGAGAGAGAAAGAAAGAGGGAGAGAGAGAGAGAGAGAGAGAGAGAGAGAGAAAGCUGCUCUGUCCUGCCUUAAGUUGAAGGAGAUUCUUCUACAUGUGUUGGUCCCAAGUUUGCACAACUGCUAUUGUCAGUCAGGGAAAGAAGGGAAGAAGAGGGAUCUUGGAUGUUUUUGGAGAUGGUGAAUGUUUGGCUUUGAAUGUCACACUCAGGCUAUGCCAGGUUCCUGUUGCAAAAGAAAUAAAGCCAACUCAGCCUGGCCAACCACCAGGGGUGACAAAGGUUCUCCUUGUUCCUUCACGAGACUAUAAUACUUUCCGACACUUUGAUAGGAAAAUUUUUUUCAAAGAUGUGCCUUUGAGCCCCUACUGUAUUGUGUAUGUGUGGAAACAAAGCAUAUCAUAUUCCUGGGAGAACUUUCCAUAGACAUUUCUUUUUUGUCCAGUUGGUAGUAAUCUGUGAGCUUUGUUAGUGGUUAUUAACAUAGGUUUUCCUUCUGUAUUAUAAAAUGCACCGAACCAUUGUGGUGGACCUAUUACCCUAUGGGUAAGAAACACAUAAAUGGAAAUAUGACUGGCUGUUGUAGCAACUGUUGUGUAAAUAAAAUCUUUGAUAGCACCACUCAGUGUGACACUCAUGAGUGUGUGUGUGUGUGUGUGUGUG